UAUCUGAUAGGCGCAGAUGUUGUGUGUGGAUAGAUGAUUUUGCGGUAGGAUGAGUGAACCGGUAGUUACUGUGAAUCAAGGCAAAUUACGUGGCAGGAUCGACAAGGAUUUCGACGGAAACGCGUACUACACAUUUUUGGGGAUUCCGUUUGCUAAACCACCAGUCGGAAGUCGAAGAUUCAAGGCACCCCAACCACCCGAAUCGUGGCAAGGUGUGCGAGAUGCUACUAAAGAUGGGAAUAUAUGCUAUCAAGGCAAUUUAAUAAACAAGACGGUGAUAGGUUCCGAAGAUUGUCUUUAUUUGAAUGUUUCAACCCGACAUUUGCCCUCGGAAGGGCUUCCAGCCAAGCCUGUUUUGGUCCACUUCCAUGGCGGUGCUUUUACUGUUGGUAGCGGUAAUCAAGAAGAUGAGUAUUUUGGCACUCCUCAGUAUUUGAUGACGCAAGAUGUGGUUUUCGUGGGAGUUAAUUAUCGUCUAGCAAUUCUGGGUUUUCUUAGCCUCGAAGAUGAAUCCCUAGAGGUUCCCGGAAAUGCAGGCCUUAAAGAUCAAGUCCAAGCUUUGAGAUGGGUGCAGCAAAAUAUCACAAGCUUUAAUGGUGAUGCGAACAACGUGACAAUAUUUGGAAUAAGCGCAGGUGGCGCUUCGGUUCAAUUCCAUAUAAUAUCGCCACUGUCUAAGGGUCUGUUUCACAAGGCAAUAAGUCAAUCCGGUAGCGUGUUGAACCCUUGGGCGUGGGGAUUCAAGAAUGCAAUCGAGGUAGCUGAAAAACUGGGUGAAUCAGUCAGUACUGAAAAAGAGGCUUUGGAGGUAUUGAUGAAGACGUCCGUGGAAAAACUUUAUGAUGCUGUCAAUGCGUUUUCGGAUGAUCUGGUAGAUACCAGCUUACGAAGGCCUUUUUCUCCUGUAAUAGAAAAGCCAAACCCCACUGCAUUUCUCAGUCAGCAUCCUAUCGAGAUACUUAAAUCGGGACAAUUCAAUCAAGUACCGAUGAUAGUCGGCUGUACAUCGGAAGAAGGAUGGAGAUUCGAUGUUUUAAAAAAAUCGCGAUCAAGAAUUGAACAAGGAAUUCCUUGGUUCUUUAAUUUGAAGUCGGGGACUAAAGAUUACCAGAGAGUUUUGAAGUCUUUCCAAGAUAUUUACGGUGGAUGCUACUCCCAGGAUGGAUUUAUUUACAAGCUGUACUCUGACGCAAUUUUUGUAGCAGGCAUAACAGAGUUUAUCAAAUUGGUGGUUGGGUCGUCGAAAAAUCCUGUCUUUUGUUAUCAAUUUGCAGUCGAAAGACCAUUUGCGGACGUGUUGGGAAAAAUGGUCAACCUGAAAGCUGAACUCGGCAGAGGAGCAUCUCAUGGUUCUGAUAUACCAUAUAUUUUUAUGAGCAAAGGCAACGCAGCACACGAACCAGCUGAUAUAAAAAUCAUGAGAAACAUUGUGGAAAUGUGGACUAAUUUCGCCAGGCAUGGUAGACCUACCAUUGACGACUCGCCGGCUAAUUGGGAGGCAGCGAAGGAUCCGCACAAAUUCAAAUGUCUUAAAAUUGACGAAGAGUUGACGCUAAUUGACAAUCCUUUUUCCCAGACCUCAGAGCUCUGGGGAAAGUUAUUCGAAGAGUAUUAUCCAAAAAUUUGAACCUGUCAAUGCCUUUGCCAAACAGCAAUUAACAUUUUUUUUCACUUAUAAGUAACGCUUUCCCGACCAUUUGGCGCGCCCUUGGCUCUGUGACAUUUGAAUAACCUACUAAUGCAUUCAGUCUUCUCUACAAAAUCUUCUUCUCAACAAUAUCAACAAAUAAUUUUCGUCGGGAGGAAGAAAUAAAGAUAUGGGUUGUGUUGGGUUGCUGGUUUGAGGUAAUUAUGUUACAGACGUAUUAAAUAAAUGUAAAACUACAGUAUUCUAAGUAAGCUUUAGUCGUUUCA